UACAUGUCACCUACUUCAUCAGGGGCAUUCAGUUAGCUUAGAAUUCUGGUAUGCUAUAAGGAAGCACUUAAUUUGCCACUUGUUUGUGGAUGUUACGUACUACUUUUCUCCGUUUCUGUAUGUUGAAAUUGUGUUUCUUCAUCUGUUUGGUAUAUGGGGUGAAAUCAGAUGAGGAGGAAAAAUGUCCUGAAUUUACAGACCUUAAUAUAGGCAAUGCUUUAUCUGGAACAGAACUCCAUGUCCAGCUACUGCUAUACACAAGGGAAAAUCCAAAUUGUUCUGAGAGACUUAUUGAACAUAAUGUUACUGCAUCUGAGUACCUUAAUACCUCCAAGAAAACUGUCUUUGUUAUUCAUGGCUUCAGACCAACAGGGUCUCCACCAGCAUGGCUAGGUGAUAUAAAGGAGCUCUUACUGUCUUCUGGGGAUAUUAAUCUCAUUAUAGUUGACUGGAAUCGUGGUGCAACAACUGUGAUUUAUACAACUGCUGUUGAAAACUGCAGAAAAGUUGCAGAAACACUGAAGAACUAUGUUGACCAGAUGCUGGCAGAUGGAGCUUCUCUUGACUCUAUGCACAUGAUUGGAGUCAGUCUUGGGGCUCAUAUUGCUGGUUUUGUUGGCCAUAAGUAUGAUGGCAAACUUGGCAGAAUUACGGGUCUUGAUCCAGCAGGCCCUUCAUUCACUCGAGAACCACCAGAGGGCAGAUUGGAUCGUACUGAUGCAAAAUUCGUUGACGUAAUUCAUACAGAUACUGAUGUACUAGGUUUCAAGAAACCUUUAGGAACCAUUGAUUUCUAUCCAAAUGGAGGAAUGGAUCAGCCUGGUUGCCCACAAACAGUAUUCAGUGGAUUACAGUAUUUUAAAUGUGACCAUCAAAGAUCUGUCUUCCUCUUCUUAUCAUCUUUGAAAAGAAAGUGCAACAUAAUAGCAUAUCCUUGUGACUCUUACUCAGAUUAUAAGAGAGGAAAAUGUGUUGAUUGUGAAGCUUUCCAACCAAUGUCAUGUCCAGUAAUGGGUUAUUAUGCUGAUAGCUGGAAAAAGCAUUUAAUACUGAAGAAUUCACCAACGAAAGCUUAUUUUGAUACUUCAGACAACGACCCAUUCUGCAUGUAUAACUACUUACUGUAUAUUAUUACCUGGAAUAAAAGCAUUAGGAGAGGUUUCAUUAAAGUUAAGAUAACUGAUUAUGCUGGAAACACAAUAGAAUCAGAGGUGAAUAGUGAAGUUGCAACAUUUCAGCAAUAUAAGAGAGUCAAAAUAUUGACUGGAUUUUACCGGGAUUUUGACAAAAUAUCGAAAAUUUCCUUGACCUUUUCUACAAAGACUUUAAUAGGUCCAAAAUACAAGCUUAGGAUUCUUCAGAUGAGGCUGAAAUCUCUUAAUAACCCAGAAAGGGUACAGCUGUGCAGAUAUGAUUUUGUACUGAUGGAGAACACUGAACUGACCUUCAAACCCAUCCCCUGUCCAGAGAACAGUACAUGAAGAGAGAGCUUCUACUAACUUAAUUUCUCUUAUGGCAGUGGCAUUUGAUUCUUCCUCAGGAUAAAGACCGCAAUGAGAAGGGAAAUGAGAUAACCUAGAUUUAUUUUCAAGAGUCUGUAUGGUAAUAUGCAUUACUUCCUCUGAGUGCCUUAGGGUGAAAUUCAUUGAAAAGUUCUGGUGCCUAUGUAUUUAGGAAAUUUGAAUAAAAUCAAUGCAUCAUAGAGAACAUACAAUGAUCUAUUAGUUAUUAUUUGUUAGCAGUGAGGCAACUACUGAAUUAAAGAUGAAUUAUCUGCAUAAUCUCAGCACAUUAUUAAUCAAGUCAUACAUAUAUUUAAUUAUUUAUUAUUUAUAAUGGUUUUUACAUUGAAACAUAAUUACCUGUCUACUAAGUGAAUUUAAUAUACUGUACAUAUGAUCUACAGAUCUAAUAUAUAGCAGUUUUGCUGUGCUAUGUUCAUUGGAUAAAUGAAUUCAUGUUUUCUCAUUAUGUAGUGUCUCAGUUUCUAAGAACUGGAACAAUAAGUUUUGUGAACACAUAUGUAACUUUGCUGUUUAAAUUAAUUAUCUGUAUCCUCAUCUGAGAUGAAUACUAUUGCACCCACUCAGAUUUUUUCUGUUAAAGCUAUGGACAGGGCAGUGAUGUUUCAGAUAUGAAGUAAUUCUAAAGUCUGUUCUGAAGAGAAUAAUUUGAAGAUGAAAUAUAUGCAUUUAUAUUGUGUUUCUGUUUGGGCCCCUUGCAAUUAGAACUGCUGCUCAUGUUGUACUUGAUGACAGCUUUUCACUUACUGGAAUGUGAACAGGAAUAAAUCCUACAUAAAG